AAAAGAAGAAAAUAAUGCAUGAUAAACGCACGAGUCUUAAUAUGUUAAAACUCCUACCGGUGUUUUAAUCCAUCAUAUGGUCUCAUUUAACAUAGUCUUAAACUAAACACAAUGUUGGUGUAAAUGUGCCUUAAGAGACACUUGUAUAUCCUGCACGUUUAUUCUGUAGCACGCGCGUUCCUUGUCUCCCCAUCGGAUAUGUUUAUAGGACACCGCAUCAAAACCUGCGACGGCAGCUAGCUAGCGGCUAGUUUGCUACACGUUCAAUUAUUUAAUUCACGUAUGACAAUUAAAGACCGAUAAAACUCAACCGUGAUGAAGCCAGCAGUCGAUGAGAUGUUCCCCGAAGGAGCUGGGCCAUACGUGGAUCUUGACGAGGCCGGGGCGAGUUCAGGACUGCUCAUGGACCUGGCCACCAAUGAGAAGGCAGUUCAUGCAGACUUUUUCAAUGAUUUUGAAGACCAUUUUGAUGAUGAUGAUGUCCAGUGAGGAAGAUUAUGGGUUUACUUUUGGGGGGGGGGGGUUUAAUAUUUUUUUUACAAGGUGAUUGAAUAAUAGAGUGGAUGAUUUUCUGGGACUACAUGGAAAACUGGCUAUUUAAACUCUAAUGACAUACAAUUUACAUUCAGCCAAAUAGCUAGUUCUAGGUUUGAACAAAAUCGCCACUGCUGCCACCAGAUGUUGCACGAUUCCCCCAAAAUAUGUUGGAAUGUUCCAAUUUAUGAGUUGACAACGUAGCUUCAACAGACUUCCAAGCUGGAUUGUAGGUUUGUCUCUCUCUGUCUCUCUCGCUCUCUCUCUCUCUCUCUCUCUCUCUCCUCUUCUCUCUUCUCUCUGAGAACACCUGCCCCUCAGGCAUGUGAAGCAUAAUUAUAUACGGGAUGAUCCCAGAGCCUCCGAUGCAGUCAGAUUGCAGAUGGCAGAUGAUGAAUGGGGCGCCGCAAAGAAUCGCUUAAAUUAUUUGUAAUGACAAAUAAAAGCCUGACAAUAAUGGUAGUUCCUAGGUUUUAUAUAUGGGCACAGUGAGGCUUGAUGGAUAAAGUGGUUUAGAUUAAUAUCCUGUUUCAUUUGGUCUCCAUUGGUUACAUAAAUGUUAAGAAGAAAGAUGAGAAAAUGCAUAUCACUUGUCCAUGCAUUUGGUUACCUUGGAAACACUGGAGUAGGACACAGUACAUUAUAAAGAUAUAUAUACUGUAUAUACAGUACCUGUUAAAAGUUUGGACACACCUACUCAUUCCAGGGUGUUUAUAAAAAAUAAAAAAAAACUGUUUUCAACAUUGUAGAAUAAUAAUGAAGACAUCAUAACUAUGAAAUAACACAUAUGGAAUCAUGUAGUAACCAAAAAAGUGUUAAACAAAUAUAUGAUAACAGCUUGUGCACACUCUUGGCAUUCUCACAACAAAAUGACAAUUGUACUCCACAAAGAAUUACAUGAAUGAUCUGUAUUUUCUAAAGUAAACAACUGAAGCACAAA